AUGAGGGGAAAUCGUCCUGUGGAAUUGCCAGAAGACUUCUGGAUCCCCAUCCCUUUGGAAACCAACAACAUCACAGCUCUCAGCCCGUUCCUGGUUCCCCAGGAUCACCUAGGGAGCACAGGGAUCUUUUAUGCCAUGUCAGCAUUAAUGUUCUUUCUUUUUGUAGCUGGCACAUUCAUCAAUACCGUCACUAUUGCUUGUACAGCUCAGAAUAAGAAACUCCGAUCUCACCUCAACUACAUCCUGGUGAACUUGGCUGUGGCAAACCUCCUCGUCUCUACUGUGGGCUCCUUCACCUGCUUCUACUGCUUUGCCUUCAGAUACAUGAUUCUUGGACCACUGGGAUGCAAGAUUGAAGGAUUUACAGCAACUGUUGGUGGUAUGGUGAGUCUGUGGUCUCUUGCUGUGGUUGCUUUUGAAAGGUGGUUGGUUGUCUGCAAGCCACUGGGAAACUUUGCUUUCAAGGCUCACCAUGCUAUUGCUUGCUGCGCAAUGACUUGGGUCUUUGCUUUAAUGGCUGCAGUUCCUCCUCUGGUUGGAUGGAGUAGGUAUAUCCCAGAGGGUAUGCAGUGCUCCUGUGGACCAGACUGGUAUACAACCAACAACAAGUUUAACAAUGAGUCCUAUGUGAUGUUCCUCUUCUGCUUCUGCUUUGCUGUCCCUUUCACUACCAUCGUGUUCUGCUACUCACAGCUGCUUAUCAUGCUGAAAGCGGCAGCAAAGGCCCAGGCUGAGUCAGAAUCCACCCAGAAAGCAGAGAGGGAGGUGACCAGGAUGGUGGUCGUCAUGGUGCUAGGCUUCUUGGUGUGCUGGAUGCCCUACGCUUCCUUUGCUCUCUGGGUUGUCAACAACCGUGGGCAACCCUUUGACCUGAGACUGGCGACCAUACCCUCCUGCCUCUCUAAAGCCUCCACAGUCUACAACCCUGUCAUCUACAUCCUCCUCAAUAAACAGUUCCGCUCAGCUAUAAAAGCUCUGCUGGGGAUGGGUGGAGGUGGUGAUGAUGAGUCAUCUACAAGUCAAUCAGUAACUGAAGUCUCCAAAGUUGGACCUGCAUAG